AACACGCGACAACAUAUUCUGCCGAAAUCUGAAUAUCUGAAAUUUCUCUGUCCCCUAUUCACGGCAAACUGACCUCUAUCGAUACUAUCGAUAGAUGUCCACAAAUCGAUGGACGAGUCACACGAUACAUACAUCAUACAUACGCGUGACCGGGGGGAGGUAUAGUUUCGUAGGAUACUUUCGGAAGGACGACGAGUUCAUUUUACUCAUCGUCUAUCUUAAAAGUUACAGGUUACCAAGGGUACGGGCGCCACAAUCGUCUUUCUGCGAAGUGGACCAGAUUUGCAGCAUCGAGGAUGGAGGAGCAUGACAACGGGGAAAGAAACUGAAGACGAACAUCAUUGUGGACGGCAUCGAUGGAAGUCAUUGUUCGUCAGUAACAUCACGGGAUUAGGUGACAUAUAUCGAUCGAAUUUCAUGAAUCGAUCGAAGGCAUUCAUCCCGCCAAAAAUUAGUCGCAUGGCACUGUAGUCGCAUCACGUGACCGAAGUGGGGCUAGUUCCAUAGAUUUUCGAAAGGACGAUAUAUUCGUCUUUCUGGUCGUCAAUUUUACAAAUUUCAGGAUAUAAUUAUAAAUUGUAUCUCAUAGACCACGCAACAUCUUCCCAGUGACCGAAACCAGCUUGUAUGAAUACUAACUAUGCGAAUACAAAUAAUUACAUCAAUUUGCAUGUUUUUAAAGCCAACAGGUUAUCGAGCGUAGGAACGGCAUGAUCUGCGAACUUUCCGCGAAGUUGGUCAGGCUUUUAGCAUUGAGGGAGGAGGAAAAGGACGAUGGGAGUCAGCUGAAAACGGAUUUCGUCGUGGUCACCGUCGAUGGAAGUCACCGUUCGUCCGGUUCGUGUUCGUGUUCGUGUUCGAGUUGGAGUCCGGGACUUCGCGGAUGUGUACGGGAACGCUGUCAUACCGCCGGGACGAGAACGCAUGCGCGCGGAUUACACUUGACGGGCUCAAAAAAUCAAUGACCCCGCUCAGUCGUUGCACACGACGGACGUACCCUCGGACCGCGACGGGUCUCGCGUUUUAAUAUCGGAGCAACGAAGGUAUAAAAAAAAAAAAGAAAAACUAACUGUUACUUUGCCAACGUGGUAGCGAUUCGGUGGUUACCGCGGAUAAACGAGACAUUGUGCGACAUUUGUUGACGAUAACAAGUCGGAGAACGCGCGUCUCGACGCACGAGGUCGUACAGUGCCCUGACCGGCGAUAAAGUUUCGGAGUGACUUGUGUACGGAGAAAAAAAAGUGGUGAACCGGAGAGUGCGCGAAUACACACGUCCGUUGUGCUACUCUGACGGGUUCGAGGAGAGAGCAGAGGGUCCGGUCGAUUGGAUCGAUUCUGUCCGGUACGCGGUUCGUUCGGUGAAUCGUCAAGGGAGAGUAAGUAUAUACGCCGUGGUAGCCGUCGCCGCGGUGCACCGUCCGUCCACCUUUCGCGUUGCCGCGAGUGCACGGGAUAAAAUGGCGCUUGCUUUCGUCCGUGCACCUCUAUCGACCGUAACAAACAAUUCGUCGCCGGAAUCGUGGCCACGGGAAACACGACAAUUUUGAAACAUCGUCCGAGAGGCUUCUCCACCUCUGCGCCCGGAACCUUCUUUUGUCUGCUGCGUCGCUGCCAGCCACGAGUUCCGAAGAGGAUACCUGGAGAAAGACGAUCCUGAGUGAAAUUUCGGGAGUCCUGAGGAACCACACGUUGUUCGCAGUAAGACGAGAGGAGUCGCGAGAGGAAUCCAGUCGUCGUCGCCGGGUGGAAAAAAACGAAACCGGUGGGGGACAGAGAGAGAGAGAGAGAGCCGGGAGGAUCCGCGACGGAGGAAAUGCGACGAAUCUCGGCUCGUCAUUAAGAGAAGCAACCCUUUGUAGGUGAAACGACCGAGAGGGUGGCGCGCGGGGGAGAAAAAUCGAACGCGUUUCUGGCAAGUCGCACGGCGACACCCGAACCACUUCCGGCUACACAGACGGUAGAUGCAGCCAAGUCUGCGAGUUCCGCGGAGCCUAAUCGCGGCCAAAUCUGCGACGAGCUUUCAACGACCGGCCUAAUCGCCGCUGAUGGCGUAGAACGAGUCCGCGGCCGAUAAAAAGUCCGAGCGAACAAUAAGAGAGAGGGUGGUAGGUGAGUUUGGUCGGAGCGGCUUUCAACGAGUACACUGGCCUCCCGAUCGCCGUUGAUGGCGUAGAGGCGAUCGUAUUCUUCGAGAAGCUCGUGGACGGAGAAUAAAAGGGUCGAAAGCUACUUUCGGGAGGGAGACGGCGUUGCGUCGCAUCCGGAAGGGGUUGCGCGACCUGGAGCAGGAGCAAGAGGACGAGGGUGGCGGUGGUUCGAAGCUGGAGGAGGCAGCAACGAGGAGGGUGGUUGUUGCACGUCGUGGUCGCGUGACGUGCGGAAAGAGCAGACGAAGCGUGGAGGAGGCAUGAGGAGGAGAGAGUGACGACGCUGCUGCCGGAGCUGCAGCCUCGCACAGAUCGUGAGAGGACCGGCGGCCCCACGGUGGGGCUGCUGCGAUAAGAAUGGCCCCCUUCAAUAUGGCGGGCGUAGCAGGCCUUCUAGCCACCUGCGCCGCCGCUGCUGCUUCCGCUGCCCACCUUCUGCCGUUGCUGCUGUUGCUGAUCUGCCCGCGAGGGACCCACGCGGAACAAGUUGUACUCCUGGACACGACGCAGGAGGAGAAGCUCGAGUGGACCAAGUAUCCGUUCGGCGCGGAAGCUAACACCCCAGGGUGGGUGGAAGAGUCGUUCACGAACUUUGACAAGGGCAUCAAUUGGCGGAGUUACGUUGUCUGCGACGUCGCGUACAACAACGUGAACAAUUGGCUAUGGACGCCAUUCAUCGAGAGGGGACCGGCGAAUCGUAUGUACAUAGAAAUCAAAUUCACCACCCGCGACUGUUCCCUCUUCCCCGGAAACGCACUCAGCUGCAAGGAGACGUUCAGCCUGCUUUACUACGAGUUCGACGUUGCCACCAAGGAGCCGCCGCCCUGGGAGACCGACAGUUACAAGUUAAUCGGACGGAUCGCUGCCGGCGAGGGGAGGUUCAACACGAACACGGAAGUCGUGAUAAACACGGAGGUGAAGUCCAUCCCGGUGACGAAGAAAGGCGUGUACUUCGCGUUCCGCGAUCAAGGCGCCUGCAUCUCGAUUUUGGCCAUCAAGGUCUACUACAUCAGCUGCCCGGAGAUCUCCGUGAAUUUCGCGCGAUUCCCCGCGACGCCGACUGGUCGCGAAGUCGCGUUGAUUGAACAGACGAUCGGCACGUGCGUCGACAACGCGAUCGUCAUCGAUCAGCCCACCUUCCUCUGCAAGGGCGACGGCAAGUGGUACCUGUCCAGCGGCGGGUGCCACUGCAAGCCGGGAUUCCAAGCGGACAUCGAGAAGCAGCAGUGCAUCGUCUGUCCCAUCGGUAAAUUCAAGCACGAGGCGGGAUCGCAAGCUUGCGAGCCCUGCCCGGCGCACAGCAAGUCCUCCGACUAUGGAUUCACCGAGUGCAGAUGCAACGCGGGUUAUUACAGAGCAGAGAAGGAUCCGAAAAUAAUGCCCUGCACACAGCCGCCGUCGGCACCACAGAAUUUGACGGUGAACUUCGUGGACCAGUCCACCGUGAUUCUGUCGUGGAAUGCGCCGCAUCAGCUCGGCGGCCGCGCGGACACGACAUACCGAGUCGUUUGCGACGCGUGUAGCAUGGGUGUCAAAUACAUUCCCAAUACGGAGGUCUUCAACGACACGAAGAUCACAAUCACGGGUCUAAACGCGGUCACCACGUAUCGGUUCCAAGUGUUCGCCGAGAACGGUGUGUCGGCGUUGGCAGGAAAAUCCGAGUACGUGGAUAUCACCGUCACCACCGAGGCCAGCGUGCCCAGUCUAGUGAGCAACGUCAGGAUCACGAGCGUGAAGAGCUCGGAGCUGAGCAUCAGCUGGGACGCUCCAGUGACCGAAGUCGGCGGAGACAGCGAUCUCGUCGAGAGAUACGAAGUGAGGUGUUAUCCGCGUUACGACGACGCUACCAACGCUACCGUGAUCCAGACCUCCGAUUUAUCCGCGACGUUCAAGGGUCUGAAACCGGGGACGGAUUAUGCGAUACAAGUGAGGGCGAAGACUACCCGAGGCUGGGGCGAGUACACUCCGGUCGUCUUUAAAAAGACGCCCCACGCUAUGGGUUUAGAUUACGUCGGAGAGGACGACAACAUGCAAGUGAGGAUCAUCGCCGGAGCCAUCGUGGCCGUGGUCGUUCUCCUGGUGAUCAUCAUCAUCAUGACCGUUCUGAUCUUGAGAAGCAGGGCCUCGGACGAGUGUAACAAGAAACAGCCGAGCGAUUGCGACACUUUGGAGUACAGGAACGGCGAAGGACUAGUUGUGACCUACAUGCACUGCAAAAUGGACAGUUCACCGAUUGUGACAACCCACACCAACAACAAGAGCAAGUCCUCGCUGACCACGCCGCUGUUCACGCCUGCAGUGGGGGUCGCCGCAGCGAGUGCCGGCGGCGCGGGCGGAGGCGGCGCGAGGAGCUACGUCGAUCCUCACACUUACGAGGACCCGAAUCAGGCCGUAAGAGAGUUCGCCAGAGAGAUCGACGCUGGGUACAUCACGAUAGAGGCCAUCAUAGGUGGUGGCGAAUUCGGCGACGUGUGUCGUGGGAAAUUGAAGCUGCCGCCGGAUGGCCGGACGGAGAUCGACGUAGCGAUCAAGACGUUGAAACCGGGCAGCGCGGACAAAGCACGCAACGACUUCCUGACGGAGGCCUCGAUCAUGGGCCAGUUUGAGCACCCGAACGUGAUAUUCCUGCAGGGUGUCGUGACUAAGAGCAACCCGGUGAUGAUCAUCACCGAGUUCAUGGAGAACGGCAGCCUGGACACUUUCCUCCGGGCGAACGACGGCAAGUUUCAGGUGUUGCAGCUCGUCGGCAUGCUGCGAGGCAUCGCGAGCGGUAUGCAGUACCUGGCCGAGAUGAACUACGUGCACCGGGACCUAGCGGCGAGGAACGUGCUCGUGAACGCGGCCCUCGUCUGCAAGAUCGCCGAUUUCGGGCUGAGCAGGGAGAUCGAGAGCGCAACCGAAGGAGCGUACACCACCAGGACUGUUUACUCCGGCAAAAAGGGUGGAAAGAUACCGGUGCGAUGGACGGCUCCGGAAGCGAUAGCGUUCCGAAAGUUCACCAGCGCUUCCGACGUUUGGAGCAUGGGCAUCGUGUGUUGGGAGGUGAUGUCGUACGGUGAGAGACCGUAUUGGAACUGGUCUAAUCAGGAUGUGAUAAAGUCGAUCGAGAAAGGGUACAGGCUUCCAGCGCCGAUGGACUGCCCGGAGGCGAUCUAUCAACUGAUGCUCGACUGCUGGCAGAAGGAACGCACCCAUCGCCCGACCUUCGCCAAUCUCACCCAGACCUUGGACAAGCUCAUACGAAGCCCGGACACGCUCAGGAAAAUCGCCCAGAACAGAAUCAGGGAAAGGGGUGCUCCCCCCCCACCCCCACCCGCCUCGUCGACAUCCUCCAACGUGCAUUUGAGGAAAAGGGGCACCAAUCCACUGGCGCCGGACGCGGUGGACUUGACGCAGCUGACCUCGGUCAGCGAGUGGCUGGCUUCCAUCAAGAUGUCACGGUACGCGGAGAGCUUCGAGAGGUCGGGGGUGAUCACCCUCGAAGCGGCGGCACGUGUCACCGUUCAGGAGUUGACGGCGCUCGGGGUCACGCUGGUGGGUCAUCAGAAGAAGAUAAUGAACAGCGUGACCGCGCUCCGAGCGCAGAUGUCCGCCACCUCGCAAGGGUUUCUCGUUUAAUCUCGAGGCCGAUCGAUGCUGCUGCGUUUCUCACCGGAUCGUCACGGCAUCGAUCGACGGAGGACUCGAUACACCAUCGAUCUGACGGAUCGUCCGUUCGAGGAGCAUUUCGCGUCGGUCGCCUCCCCGAAAGGCUGAACUUGUAUCCCGAAUCGGCGACAUCCUAGUCAGGCGUUUCUCAAGAAAGUAUAUGUACAUGUACGCGUGUAUAUCCCCGCGAAAGAGCUCGGCUUCGGGGAACCAGCCGCGUAUCGCAGACAUUCCAGCGCAAGAAACCUCGACUUUGCAAAAGACGACACAUCGAAUUUUAUCGUCGUCGCUCCGUUUCGACAGAACAAGGUCGCGACGACGGGAUCCAUGCGAAUUCGCGCGACUGACUUUUCGUCUUUCUCUUCCUAGAAAUAUCGAUCUCUUAAAACGAGAGAAAUCGGGACUGCCACUGUAUAAUCACUGCCGUAUAUCGAAUUCGCGUGUAUAAAGGCCCCGAUGAAUCCUGUCCUACGCCCGAACUUAUUCGAGACCUGUUCACCGUCGAGACUGCCUGAACAUCUCGCUCGACUUCCGUUCGACCCGUUAGAGUCGAUCAAGAUCGUCCUUGACGAGUCGAACGAUCGCCAAGCAGGAUUCCGUCUUAACGCACUGAAUCGUUGCUCACACGUGCUAUUUUCGGUUUUUUCGGUCCGAACUCUGCCAUCGACAAAGCCACCCUUGUUUUACAGUGUUCCUAACUCCUUAUAUCCCUCAACGAUGUUCGCAACGAACGGUGAUCGGGUUUAGUAACAACGAUUCGAUCAAACCCCCUGAAUCGUCACUACGAUACAGAUUAUUGCACGAACACAAAUAGACGGCCUAAAAAAAAAUCGAAUUAACGAACCCCGCGCGCUGCGCCUCUUUUCCCCAACUCUAUGCAAAUGGAUCUUCGAGCAACGACUGAUAAAGAGAAAGAAACGAAGAAGGCGCGAAGCCUGAGUACAUAUUUAAAGUAAUUUGGCAUAGAGAGGCGAAGGGCGAGCGUGCCUCGAUUGCGAGCCUACACAACCACAUUUUACGUCCCGCGUGCCGCGAAUAUUUUGUAGCUCUUAUUAAUAAAAGUAAAGCUUAAUCGAUGUACAAACACUAUUUACACACGAGAUUCGCACAGAAUUUAAUACACACGGCAACAUCGAAUACACACACGUAGAGAGCUCCGCUUUUGCGAAUGGAGAGGAGCAUAAGCAGAUUAUAAAAUACACGUGCGACUGAGAGCCAGCAUCGUUUACGAACAUUUACUACUUGGACGUUAAUGACGAGACAAAGAUUUAAACGAAAAAAAAAACGGAAAGGGGAAGAUACGAUCCUUGCCUUCGCGUUACCUAUACAAAUAUGUUGUAAUACGCGAACCGUAUGGGUACCUGUCGAUUAUUAGAAGGGAGGAAACGGGAGAAGGAACAUGUGCCAAUAAUGCGAGGACAAGAGAGAGAGUGUGCGUGAACGGUGAAAAUAACAAUAUGAGUUUUGCGUGAGAGAGAGGAAGGAAGGCGCAGUCGACGAGAAGAAGGAAAAGGUAUCCCCGUCUAUCGUGUAUCUUGUAUCGAACGAGAGAAUAGAUUAUAUUGCGCGUAACGCGCGAGACAGAUUUAUACGGUCGGGAGAGGUCGACGAGUACAUACGUUGGAGGAACGGGAAAUCGUGAACAUAUCAAGGCGUACUAAAAAGAAAAAAUGAAGAGAGCUUCCAUACUCUCGAAGCUCAUGCUUUUCGUAUCGCAAACGCAACGUCCAUAAUUCCGGUGGACGGAAAAGCAGCUAGGAAAGUUGUAUUGUUCAUCGCUUUUCUCGCUGCGCGACCGUACACGAGACAUCCGCACACGAACGGGACAUUAGGAUCGGUCGAUAGGAGGUAAAGGGUUGUUUUUCGUCGCGAUGGAUCUGGUCUGUAUCUUGUCGUAUCCGCGCUCGCUGAUUUGUAAAAAGACUACUUCCAAGACACGCGGGAGAAACACGCACGAAUUUGAGUAGAUCGACGAGCGGACUCGAACACUUCCCGGGCGAGCCACGCGACAAAUUUUAUUUUUAAUUUAACGAAUUACGUUAGGAAUAUAGUUGACGAGGCUCGACGCCGCGAAAGGAGAAGCCCCGCUGCUUGUCCCGUCGCUGCAUCGAGCCUCGCGAUUAGGAGAUUCUUAAACCGCGAGGUCGUUCCAUUUGCAUUGUCGGAAAAUGCGAGGGAAGGUCCUGGAGAGCCUCUGUCACGUCUGAUUCGAGUCAGCGCAGCAAACGGUCGAGCAAAAAAGCAACACGAGCCAUGGUAAAAAAAAAAUUGGCUACUAGCAAUCCCAGUCUUCUUUGCUCGAGCGUUUGCUCGGCCCACGUGUGGCCAGGCAUAUAAGGGAGAAAGAGAACGGGAAGCUACCAAGAAUGGCGACGAUUACGAAGCAAUAAGUGAAUACACGCAAAUGCAGAUUUUUAUAUAGAGAAUGUUAAAAAAUUUCAGAAAAUAUUAAUUAUCGAUAGAGCUAUCUUCCUAAAUGUUCGUAUUAAAAGAUUAAACGAAUGGUAAAGGUGGACGAAGGCGGAGAGAACGACGACGUCGCGUCACGAGCGGAGUCGAAAUUUUCGCCCGCGGAUAAAUGAGAAAUGGGGGCGAGACGUGUCAGUAGCCAGCCGGGAGUCCGCCAGGGAAAGGGGGAAAAGGUUUUUAAAAGAAAAGUUUCAGCUGUAACUAUUUGUGUCUAGCGACGAACCUGCGAGUGCGACCUGAAGUUUUGAGAAUGUCGAUAGUUUCAGCGAAUUAAUAUUUAGAUUUCAUAGACCUCUAUCGAUAUUACACGAUCGUAGGCACGAAAACGAACAGAUGAAUAAUUAGUUGGAGCGUAAAAGAAAAAAGAGUAUCUUAUUAGAGAGACCUUUUUCGAUUUCACCUCGAGUCUUUCGCGUUCGAACGCCUAGAGCUGUCUCUUUUUCUCGAGUAACCUCCUCUGUUUUACUUUUUAUCCACCUUUUCCCUGAUUUAGUAGUACCCCCAUCCUCGGCGACUAACGCCUGAACACUUGCAAAGCUUUCGAUCGUACUUUAUGUCCACGUAUUUUCGUUCUUUCUUUCUCCCUCUCUAUCUAUCUGCCUGUCUGUCUGUUUCUGUCUCUCUCUCUGUCUCUCUCUCUCUCUCCGAUGUCAAUACGCGGAGCGCUUUUUUAAUUCUUUCAGAGACGGGGAACCAAAAUGCGAGAAUGCCGAGAGAAGGAAGAGCGAUAGGAAAAAUAAUUGCGUAAUCCGAAUCAAAAUUCUACAAACGAUUCACGCAAACACAAGCUUUAUGUUGCUUCUUUCUCCUAUCGUUUCCCUUUUAUUUGUUCAUCUUCUUUUUGUAUUAUUUUUAGUUACGACUUUUUUUUAUUUUUGUCAAGUAAUAAUUACUACUCCUUCUAUCGAGGAAACGCAGCGAUGAGUAAACGAGUCAAGAAAUUCGUUGAAGACAUCUCUCCUCUUACUUAAAUACUUUUUUUUACUCGAUUAACACUUCUGUACUACUAUUUAUUAAAAGCAAUGAAAGCCUUAUUUAUUGUUUAGAGAUCUGACUAAAUUAAAAAAAAGAAAGAAAGGAUGGACGUUCUAAUCGUGGUAGAUUAUAUCCAUUUACCUUGCUAGAAUCGUACCAAGGGGGACGUGAAAACGGAUAUAUAGAAAAUAAAUAAUUAUUUCCUUACUUCGGGGUUUUCGUGAAGCCCCGCCGCCGUUGUAAAAAAGAGAUGAAAGGAUAGAAUGAGAAAAUGAGAAGACCGAGCACAACAUCAUAGAUGAACGAUCGUCGAGUCUCUAAGCAGCUAUAUUAUCGAUUAGUUAAGCGUUCUUUAAGCGACCUAUGUGCACGUUGUUUAAUUCUCUUAUAAUUGUUUCUCUUUUUUUUAUCGCCUUCUUUUGUCAGUCUGUUUACAGCGAACUUUGUCAAAGUACCUGCUUCGAAAACGAAAAGCAAACAAAAAAAAAUAAUAAAAAGGAUAAGAAAGAAAAACAUAUAUUAAAUUCGCGAGAAGACAAAGCACACAGGUACCGUCCCGUAUAUAUUAUAAAUAGCUCAUCUACUAUCACGUACACGCAUCAUAAUUUAUGUAUACUCGUCGAACUGAGUUUUUACACAAUUGGGUUCAGCGAAUCGCCACCGUGUGUCCUCGAUUCAUUGUAUAAAAGUAAUUAAAACAAAUGAAAACAAUGCGACAAAGCGCAACAGAUGCAAUAAGAGAGUUAAUGUCGACAAAUUUUGGAAUGUGUCUAAAAACAUUUUUCCUAUGGUGUUGUCAAGACGAUGUUGAAUGUAAAUAAGAUAUAAUAAAUAAUAUACCUUAUACGAUGUAAAGAA